CUCCGCAGGCCCCGGCCGCGGUCUCCGUGCAGCGUAGGCGUCAUGGAGCGGCCGGCGCCUCUGGCCGUGCUACCCUUCUCAGAUCCCGCGCACGCCCUGAGCUUGCUGCGCGGCCUGAGCCAGCUACGCGCCGAGCGCAAGUUCCUGGACGUGACCCUGGAGGCGGCGGGUGGGCGCGACUUCCCGGCGCACCGGGCCGUGCUGGCAGCCGCCAGCCCCUACUUCCGCGCCAUGUUCGCGGGGCAGCUGCGCGAAAGCCGCGCCGAGCGGGUGCGGUUGCACGGAGUGCCUCCCGACAUGCUGCAGCUGCUGCUUGACUUCAGCUACACCGGCCGCGUGGCAGUGAGCGGCGACAACGCGGAGCCGCUGCUGCGUGCCGCCGACCUGCUGCAGUUCCCGGCCGUGAAGGAGGCGUGCGGCGCCUUCCUGCAGCAGCAGCUCGACCUGGCCAACUGCCUGGACAUGCAGGACUUCGCUGAGGCCUUCAGCUGCGCGGGGCUGGCGAGCGCAGCGCAACGCUUCAUCCUGCGCCACGUGGGCGAGCUGGGCGCGGAGCAGCUGGAGAGGCUGCCGCUGGCGCGCCUGCUGCGCUACCUGCGAGACGACGGGCUGUGCGUUCCCAAGGAGGAAGCCGCCUACCAGCUGGCGCUGCGCUGGGUGCGGGCAGACCCGCCGCGACGUGCAGCUCACUGGCCGCAGCUGCUCGAGGCCGUGCGCUUGCCCUUCGUGCGCCGCUUCUACCUGCUUGCUCACGUCGAGGCCGAGCCGCUGGUGGCGCGCUGCCCGCCUUGCCUGCGCCUGCUACGCGAGGCGCGCGACUUCCAGGCAGCUCGCUAUGACCGCCACGACCGCGGGCCCUGUCCCCGCAUGCGUCCGCGUCCCUCCACUGGCCUUGCCGAGAUCCUCGUGCUUGUGGGCGGCUGCGACCAGGACUGCGACGAACUGGUCACCGUCGACUGCUAUAACCCGCAGACGGGCCAGUGGCGCUACCUGGCCGAGUUUCCGGACCACCUGGGUGGGGGCUACAGCAUCGUGGCGCUGGGCAACGACAUUUAUGUUACGGGUGGGUCUGACGGCUCAAGGCUCUAUGACUGUGUGUGGAGGUACAACUCGAGCGUUAAUGAGUGGACAGAGGUGGCACCCAUGCUGAAGGCCCGUGAGUACCACAGCUCCUCAGUCCUGGAUGGGCUGCUCUACGUGGUGGCCGCGGACAGCACGGAGCGCUAUGACCACACUACUGACUCAUGGGAGGCCCUGCGGCCCAUGACCUACCCCAUGGACAACUGUUCUACGACUGCCUGCCGAGGCAGGCUCUAUGCCAUCGGUUCCUUGGCUGGCAAAGAGACCAUGGUCAUUCAGUGCUACCACCCAGACACAGACCUGUGGUCCCUGGUGGACUGUGGCCAGCUCCCACCCUGGUCCUUCGCCCCCAAGACUGUGACGCUGAAUGGACUCAUGUACUUUGUCAGGGAUGACUCCGCAGAGGUAGAUGUCUAUAACCCAGUGAAGAACGAGUGGGACAAGAUCCCAUCUAUGAAUCAGGUACAUGUCGGGGGCAGCCUGGCUGUCCUGGGUGGGAAGCUCUACGUCUCCGGUGGCUACGACAACACAUUUGAACUCUCGGACGUGGUGGAGGCGUAUGACCCAGAAAGUCGGGCAUGGAGUGUGGUUGGUCGGCUGCCGGAGCCCACCUUCUGGCAUGGCAGUGUCAGCAUCUUCCGCCAGUUCAUGCCCCAGGUGCCCUCAGGUGGGCGGGGCUUUGAGCUGGACAGUGGCAGCCACGAGGUGAACUCAGGCCGGCUUCAGCCACCACAGAACCUGGACGAUCUGCACUAGCCCUGGCUUGGCCCAGGGAGGGCCUCUGGGUGGGUGACCCAGCACCUGUGAGGUGGGCAGCAACCCUCCUUUGUGCACGAGGACAGGUUGGGCUCCCCAGGUGGAGUGUGGGCUCUUGG